CAGCCGGAACUUGAGCGUUGUUGUCGGCCUGCCGGUCUGACGGGAGACGUGAAUGCAUGGACGGACUUUUACCAACAAAUGUUUUUGUUUUUUACUGACAAAUGCUUGAUUUUAUAACCGACAAAUGUUUUUUUUUUACCGACAAAUGUUGGGUUUGUUUGCGGUCCUCGGAGCAGCGGGAUGAGUGUUCAGCCUUAAUCCGACAUGAAUGUUCAUUUUGCGCCGAUGUUUGCCGCCCUGUGACCGCAUGGGGAACCAAGUGUCGCGUCUAAGUUACGCAGAAGUUCCCACCGCGGAUCCGCACGGCGUGGACCGAGAGGAGGGUCCUCGCACCGGCGUCUCCUACGUUUUCUCCGGCGACGAGGACGCCGACGAGCCGGAGGAAAGUAGCCAGCGUGGCCCCGAGGAGGAGGUGGAGUGCUCGGUGUACCGGCUGGACGAGUGUCUGUUCGACAAGAGCCGCAAGUCUGCGAGUCUGGAGCUUUACUCCCCGGAGAACCUGCUCAACAAGUGCCGCCCCGGAGACCUGGUGGAGUUCGUGGCCGGCGGCCAGUUCCCCCACUGGGCCGUGUACGUGGGAGACUUCCAGGUGGUUCACCUGCACCGAGCCGAGGUGAAGAGCUCCUUCCUGACGGACGCCAGCCGAGGCCGGCGGUGCCGCGUCGUCAACGACUGGUACAAGUUCAGAGCCCGCAGCCCGGACGCGGUGGUGCUGAGCGCCCUGGAGCAGGUGGGCGUCAAGGAGCGGCAGCUCGCCUGGAGGAACUCGGAGAGCUUCGCCGCUUGGUGUCGCUUCGGCCGGCGGGAGUUGAAGGCGGGCGGCGAGCAGCGCGUCGGCGGGCAGCCGUACACCCUGCACGUCCUGCUGGGGGACAAACACUCGCAGGCCCGGGACUUCCACAGCCUGGAGGACGUCAUCAUGGAGAAGAGACGCGGAGACCGGCUGGGAAGAACCGCGCUGCUGCGGGAACUGGAGGCGCACCUGAGCGGCGGACGCGGGACCGCAGCCCGGACUGGAGCGCACUGAUACCGAUGCAUUGAUACCAACCUAUGAUGCGCAGAUAUCAAACACCGAUAUUACCGCUCAUACACUGGUACCGAUACAUUGAUACUAGCCUAUGAUGCGCAGAUAUCAAACACCGAUAUUACCGCUCAUACACUGGUACCGAUACAUUGAUACCAGCCUAUGAUGCGCAGAUAUCAAACACCGAUAUUACCGCUCAUACACUGAUACCGAUACAUUGAUACCAACCUAUAAUGCAGAUAUCAAACACAGAUAUUACCGCUCAUACACUGGUACCGAUACAUUGAUACCAGCCUAUGAUGCGCAGAUAUCAAACACCGAUAUUACCGCUCAUACACUGGUACCGAUACAUUGAUACCAGCCUAUGAUGCGCAGAUAUCAAACACCGAUAUUACCGCUCAUACACUGAUACCGAUACAUUGAUACCAACUUAUAAUGAAGAUAUCAACAAAGAUAUUACCGCUCAUACACUGGUACCGAUACAUUGAUACCAACCACUGAUGUGCAGAUAUCGAUAUUACCGCUCAUACACUGGUACCGAUACAUUGAUACCAGCCUAUGAUGCGCAGAUAUCAAACACUGAUAUUACCGCUCAUACACUGAUACCGAUACAUUGAUAUCAACCUAUAAUGCAGAUAUCAAACACAGAUAUUACCGCUCAUACACUGGUACCGAUACAAUGAUACCAACCACUGAUGCUCAGAUAUCGAUAUUACCGCUCAUACACUGGUACUGAUACAUUGAUACCAGCCUAUGAUGUGCAGAUAUCAAACACCGAUAUUACCGCUCAUACACUGGUACCGAUACAUUGAUAUCAACCUAUAAUGCAGAUAUCAAACACAGAUAUUACCGCUCAUACACUGGUACCGAUACAAUGAUACCAACCACUGAUGCUCAGAUAUCGAUAUUAUCGCUCAUACACUGGUACUGAUUCAUUGAUACCAGCCUAUGAUGCGCAGAUAUCAAACACCGAUAUUACCGCUCAUACACUGGUACCGAUUCAUUGAUAUCAACCUAUAAUCCAGAUAUCAAACACCAUUACUGCUCAUACACUGAUAUGAUACAUUGAUACCAACCACUGAUGCGCAGAUAUCGAUAUUACCACUCAUACACUGGUACCGAUACAUUGAUACCAGCCUAUGAUGCGCAGAUAUCAAACACCGAUAUUACCGCUCAUACACUGGUACCGAUA